UAUUGUAAAAAUUUAGGAGAAAAAACGGAUAGAAUGAGAGAAGUGAAUGAAGCGUAGUCCAAAGUCCGAAGAUCGUAUAAGCUUAUAAUUGGCUAAUUGCAUCCUCCCUUGCUUCUUCAUCCUUGUUAGUGUUUUGCUUUCUGUGAUUACUAGAGAAUGUGACUUCAUCGUGAUCAAUAUCUCCUUCACGGAAGCCUGUCGGAGAAGCGAUCGCGGUUGGGCAAAGGAAUCAAAUUGGAUUGAGCUUUUGCACAUAUCGUCUUGAUAAAAAGAAAAAAUAAAUGUUUGGACGAAAUCUUGUCCUCAUUCGAUAAAAGGUGCACCCCACACUGUGAUGGCUCCACCUAUUCAUGAGCCACCACCCUUUGCAAGAGGCCGCGGGCCAGUUCCUGUAAUGCUUGAGGAAAUGAGAGAGAGGCAAAUCGCUCCACACCCUGCUAUCCUUGAGGAACAUCUUGCAGCUCAGCAUGAGGAUAUUCAAGGAUUACUGGUUGACAACCAGAGGUUGGCUGCAACUCAUGUAGCACUUAAAGAGGAACUAGAAGUUACACAAUUUGAUCUUCAGCGAACAGAUCAAUAUGCACGUGCCUUGUAUGCUGAGAAUGACAUGCAGAUCAGAGAACUUUAUGAGAAGUCUGCAAAGAUGGAAAUGGAUCUCCAAUCUGUAGAAGUUAUGAGAGUUGAGCUUAUGCGAGUACGUGCUGAUGUUAAAGAUUUAAAUGCUGCAAAACAAGAGCUCACUACUGAACUCCAGGGGAUGACUCAAGAUUUGACAAGGAUGAACGCAGAUAUGCAACGAACUCCAGUUAUAAAGGCAGAAAUUGAAAAUCUUAGACAAGAAUUGCAGCGAUCAAGGGCUGCCAUUGAGAAUGAGAAGAAGGGAUAUGCAGCAAACUAUGAGCAUGGUCAGGUUAUGCAAAAGAACUUGCACUCAAUGUCUCGAGAACUGGAAAAGCUCCGUGCAGAGAUGGCCAAUGCAGAAAAGAAAGCUCGUGCUGCAGCUUCAGUUGGGAAUCCAGGAUUUUGUUUUCAACAGUUGCAAGUUAUAAUGGAAAUUAUGCUAAUCCUGAGUCAGGCUAUGCCGGAAAUUAUUAUCCUGUUGGUUAUGGCAUGAACCCCGUAAAUCCCAUGCAUCCUUCGCAGACUGGAGCUGAAGAUUAUUCUCAAUAUGCACCUGGACCUGCUGCCUGGGGUGCUUAUAAUAUGCAGCAAGCUCAAGGACUCAGAUGAACUAGUUUAUACUAGGUUGCAACCUUGUGUUUUGCAUACUGCAUUCUGGUACUUCACAUUGGAACCCAGAGUUAGGUUUCAGAUGAUAGAAACUUGAUUAUUCUGGGACAUGCUUUAUUUGGGUAGAAAAUUUGCAUGUCUGUUGCUGUUUGUUUCAUAAUCCAGGACAAGUAUUUGCCACCAUGUUUUAUAGGAGAUAUUUUAUGGUAUGCUUAGUUGCCUUGUUUUGUUUACUUUCACUUAUUUCAUCCUUGGAAAAAAUGCAAUCUGUGCAUUGUUAUAUUGAA